AUGUUUGUCAUGCGUCGGUCCAUUAACGACGCCAUUAGAGAGAGAGAGAGAGAGAGAGAUUUCGACCGUUCUCUCAUCAACUCGACGGAAAAUCAAAAUAAUUUGGGAGGAAGUUUCGAAGUGACCGGAAAUAGCGCGAGACACAAUCAGACAAACGAAAUUUGGUUCAAAGCUGCCACGAUUGCCGUACCCAUAUGCGGAGCCGUCAUACUUUUCCUACUCGUCGCACUCGCAUUCAAGGUACUAAGAUCGGAUCACGUGACCGUUGAUAAAUAUUGCGGUAAGGGUAAGAGUAAUGCCAAUUACGUGGAUACACACGGUAUGGGUUAUAAAAUGAGCGAACUCAAUUCGGAAGAAGCCUCGAAGAAAAUGCCUUUGCUCUACGAGACCCGUUACGGUGGUGGGGGUGGCGGGGGUGAUCGAACGUCUGAAAAUUUUCGAAGUUUCACGACGGCGCGAAUACACUUCGGUCAAAACGUGAACGUUUUAAAAGACGGAGACGAAUCGACGAAUAAAAUUGAAAAAAAUGUAGAAAACGCUAGAAUAAAUUUAGAAAAACCGUGGAUGAAACAGGAAACGGACGGAGGUGGAGGUGGCGGCGGCGGAAGUGGAAAUGCCGUCGGCGGAAGUUCCGGUAACGGUGCAACGUCGAGUUUUUAUCACACGGACGAAUCGAACAAUAAAAACAACAACACCUUGUUCGAUAACAAGGAAAACAAUUCUAAUUCCACGCUCGACGUGAGAGUCGAUUCCCAAGAACGUAUAAACCUUCCAGUGAUAACGUUAAAUUUGGACAAACCCGAAUUGAAUUUGAACAGUUGCAACAUAUACAAGAGUCCGAAAGGUUUCCGACAACCUUCGACGUACCCCGCGAACGGUCAAGAUUCGGUCAAAGGCGUGAAAAUCGACGGCGGGAAAAUUCGACUUGUGCCCGCGCCCCCCUCCCCUUCGUGUAAAGUUAAAUAA